AUGCCGCCUGCAAACUCUCCAUCUCAUACUCGUCCAUCCACUCCUUCCAAUCCUAUCAAUCCCUCUUCAACUUCCUCCUCUUACCUGCACCAACUUGAGGCUGCCAUUUCCACCCCUGUCCCUGAUCUCGCCUCAACUCUCAACCUCACUCCUCGACCUUUACCGCCCCCAGCUGCCCUCCAACAUUAUGGCCUGCCUGAAAUCCCGUCCAUUAUCCAACCCGACCUAGAUUUGACCAUGGACACACAAUUACCCCCAAACAACCAUCUCUCUGAUGACAGCGAUGACGACCUUGGGGGAUCAAGCACCGCUGCCGCCAAUGUUGAUCCAGCCGCUCGAAGAGAUCUACUACGCCUCGAAAGGGCCUUGCAGAAUUAUCGUACCGCUCGCUCUGCCUUGCGAGCUGGCCGUUCCUCAGACUACCCCCCGGUCCCUACCGCCAGCGCUCUGAGAGCCUGGUGGCAUGAGGAAACACCCGACUCGGAGAAUGGCAUCGGGACAAGGCCCUGGCUACCUCCCUUAUCCUUUCCUAAUAGCACAAGCACUCGACCCCAUCGAGACCCCUCUCAACGACUUCAAUAUGCUCGACUCUAUGCUGAACGGGAACGAGAACGACGCCAUAGCGAGAGCCCCUCCCUAUCUUCCCAUCUGACCACUCGCAAAGAACGCCAGCGCUCAGAAGCCUUCAUCCGUGUCCGGAACCUCAUCCGUUAUCUUUCUCAAUUGCGACAUACCGGUGUUCAAGGUGGUCUGGAUUUGGCUCGUGAUUUAGGCUUGGACUCCCUCUAUGAAUUUGAAGAGGCCAACUCUCCUAGUGACCUUCCGAUGCAUAUCAACAGUCUCCCAGUUCCCCAGUACUCUUCAUGGUUGCAACCUGGAAUGGUUUGGCAUGGCUUGCAAUCCACAGAUCGAGAACCGUUGCGAUCCGCUUCAUUCGUGGGAUCCGGUGCCCGGAGAGAGAGGCAGCGAGAUAUACUCCGCAGAUCACUCCAUCGGAGGAGAGCUCUUGCUCUUCCGCCCAACUCUCUUCUUGAUGAAUCUGAUCAACUAGCCACUGGUGAUUCCCUAUUGGACCCUUCAGAUCGAUGGCUUUCGGAUCUUCGUCAGAGCACUGAUGGGCGCUGGGCUUUCGCGUCCAGAUCCAGUUCCUCUACAUCUUCACCACAAGUCCAGGAUCAUCCUACCUCAGAUCACUGGCCAGUCAGCGUAACAAUCCAUUCAGUAGAUUACAAUUCAAUGACCCUGACCGGCACCAUGUCCGCCAGUCAUAUUCCCGAUAAACCCUCAUCUCUUCACCAUGCAGGAUCUGGUCACCCAGAAGCCAACACUAGCAUGUCUUCGUUCUUCACAGGCGAAAUCAUUGAUUUUCGUCAUCAGCCACUCGAGACUGAGCGUGAAGGUCGGAACUACAGCGUUGGUGGCUUAGACGUGGAUGCUCGUUAUUGGGCUCGGCUUGGUCCCUUCAGGGAAGAGAUUCAUAAAGUCAGGUAUCUACGUGGUAAAUCUCGAAGUGAGUAUUAUCAUGAUAGCCGUUUAUGGGAUGCCUUUCGCAAAGCUGCCGCCGCCGAGAACGAGAACAAAGAUCUCUCCCUGGAGUUUUAUCCUUCUCCUUCACCUACAGAUGCAGAACCACAUGUGCAGCCCGGUGAAAUAGAUUCCACUCAGAACAAAGAUACCGAAGACGAUGAGAUUAUGUCACGCAGCCUUGGAAGUGCAAGAUGGAUUGAAGAGAAACUGGGCCGAGAGUGGAUUUUGAUGCGUUGGAAAGAGCGUUGUUUCGUUACCCCAACCUCAUCCACAUCCUUGUCGACAUCACAUCCAGACAACACAAGAACAAUUUUGACGACCACAUCUGGCCCGGAAGGGACUGGUAAUGGUACCAAUUCCAAUGGAAGUACCUCCUGGGGUUUGACCAUUUCUGGGUUCUAUUACAUCGCAUUGAACCGACUCACAGGUGAAAUCGACGGGUUAUAUUAUGAUCCGGGUUCACAGCCCUUCCAGGCAUUGAGAAUGGUCCCAGAAGGUACCUCGAAGCGGAACCUUGUCACGCCCACCAAUGCUGGAAUUCCUGAAGAUUUCUCCAGGCGCGACCUCCACGCUGAAACAAGCUGUGGAUGUGGUGAUGAGCAGUGUACGAACCGACCUGGAUUAAAAAAAUGGUUCCCCUCGCUAGAAUUUCGGUGA